CCUUCAGCUCAGCUGGAGGAGAAAGGGCCCGUUUGUGUUGUCAGUUAAGUUCGCUGAAGGAGAGGUUUCUGGAAACCUUUACCAGAACAAUAUAAAAUAGUAUCACUGUUGCCUCCCAAACAGCAAAGAUGUCGUCGCCGCUCGCGAAGCCGCAGAUUAUCGCGCACAUUCAGAAGAGUUUGAACUACACGGUGUUUGACAGCAAAUGGAUCCCGUGCAGCGCGAAGUUCGUCUGCCUGGGAAACUUCGCCAGAGGAACCGGGGUGAUGCAGAUCUACGAGGUGGAGCACGGAGAGGCUCGUCUCAUCAAGGAGGUGGAGAAACCUAAACCCAUAAAGUGUGGAACCUUCGGGGCCACGUCGCUGCAGCAAAGACACAUAGCAACCGGGGACUUUGAGGGGAAUCUCAAUACAUGGAACCUGGAGACGCCGGACGUGUCCGUGUACAGCGUGAAGGCCCACAAGGAGAUCGUGAACUGCAUCGACGGGGUCGGCGGCUUGGGGGUCGGCGACGGCGCCCCCGAGAUCGUCACCGGGAGCCGGGACGGGACAGUCAAAGUGUGGGACCCCAGACAGAAGGAUUCGCCCGUCGCCAACAUGGAGCCCGCGGAGGGAGAGACCAGGAGGGACUGCUGGACUGUUGCAUUUGGCCACGCCUUCAACGACCAGGACCGCUGCGUAUGCGCUGGCUACGACAACGGGGACAUCAAACUCUUUGACCUGCGGAAUAUGUCCGUCCGCUGGGAGACCAACAUUAAAAACGGGGUGUGCUGUGUGGAGUUCGACAGGAAAGACAUCAACAUGAACAAGCUGGUCGCCACGUCGCUGGAGGGGAAGUUCCACGUCUUUGACAUGCGGACGCAGCACCCCACCAAGGGCUUCGCCUCCGUCUCCGAAAAGGCUCACAAGUCGACCAUCUGGCAGGUGAAGCAUCUGCCUCAGAACAGAGACAUCUUCAUGACUACGGGGGGGGCCGGCAACCUGCAUCUAUGGAAAUACGAGUAUCCCGCCCAGAGGAGCAAGAAGGACUCUGACGAGGCGGAGGUGGGCGUGGCCGGCUCCGUCAACCUGCUGCAGAACGCCACCCUGUCCACGCAGCCCAUCGCCAGCCUGGACUGGAGCCCCGACAAGCGGGGCCUGUGCGUGUGCUCGGGCUUCGACCAGUCGGUGCGCGUGCUCAUCGUCACCAAGCUGCACGCGGCCUGAAGUCCUGCUGCAGGUCUGCCGGGUCAAAAAAGAACCUGGAAAAGAACUUGGUGAUCCUUCGUUGGUGUUUUCUCAUUUCUUCUUUUAAGUGCUGUCCCUGAAAAAGGCACAUUGCUGAGUUACAGGAACGUUGCCUGUAUCAAAAUGAUUCAUCAUAUUAUUAAAGAAGAAAUGAGACUGAAGAUUUCAUUUCUUUUUGUUGAGCUCCUGUAGACUUUUUAAAU